AAGCAAGCAGUCUGCGAUCAGUUUUGUUUGUUUAAAGUAAAGGAAAGUUUCUAAAAGAAAGCGUGAGAAGUGGUGCGCGUGGAUUUGCAGGCUGAGAAGGACGGACAUCCAGCUGUGGAGAAGAAGAAGAACUGCAAUUUCCCACAGCAUUCGCACAACAUCUGAUGACAACAUCAAAUAUUAACAGUGUGUGAGGAGGCCUUGGGCCUUGAGUCACUAGAGAGGCCCCGGACACAGAAAGAAUGUCAUCCGACCUGGACUCCAGUCUGACCAGCAUCGACUGGCUGCCUCAGCUGGGAAUCAGCAGCCUGCGGUCAGGCAAAGAGAGAGGAGAAGGAGGAGAAAACGACAACAAGAAAGAGAGAGGGAGAGAAAAGGCCGACUUUCUACCCGCCGUCCCAGCCCCAUCUCUCUCCAACUCCAAAGGAAAGCCCCCUCACAGCUAUGCGACUCUCAUUGCCAUGGCAAUUGCUUCUGCCCACGAGAGGAAGUUGAGUUUGAAUGAUAUCUACACCUGGAUCAGCGACACCUUUCCCUACUACAGCCGAGCAGGACGCGGAUGGAAGAACUCCAUUCGACAUAACCUCUCGCUCAAUAAAUGCUUCAGGAAGGUUCCCAGACCUCAGAGUGACCCUGGAAAGGGGUCCUAUUGGACGAUGGAUGCACCUUCAGAGGUGACUCAAAUGAGGGCACCCAAACGUCCCUAUCCAGAAGAGGAGGAGGAGGAGGAGAAGCAGAAAAUUCCUCAAGUAUCAGUGGCCCAAGCACAGAAAAGACCCUCACCCCAUCAACAACCACAAGCAACCUCCCGGACAGACCAGCUUCUUCAACCAGAGCCACCAGGAGCCAUCCAGCAACCAUCACCUCAGCACGUCUCCCUCUCUCCUCCUCUGUGCAAGCAGCAGCGAUUACCCUACACGCCUUCUCCUGUCUCUAUGCUGCCUGCUCCUCAUUCGUCUGUCUCUCCUACAGCUGUGCCCUCCUCUGCUGCCCCCCUGGCUACCAUCUCGACCCUGCCUCCCCCCCAGCCAACAGCUCCCGCUCUUGCCAUCUCCACCACUUCUGCUCCAGUCAUCCCCAUUGCCAUUAUGUCUGCACCUCCUCCAGUUGCUCCCUCCUUCUCUAUUGCCGCGCUAUCUGCCCCUACUAACUCAGGGCCAAUACCCCACUACACUUUCUCUGUUCCCCUUAACUCGGCGCCCAUGCCCGUUUCCACUUUGUCCGUCCCGGUUCACUCUGUGCCUUCUGUGUCCAUCGCUGCUCACUCUGGUGCUCCUCCUGCUGUUUCAUCUCACUCCAUCGCUGACCCCCCACUGCGUUUCACCUUCGAUGAGUUGAACCUGCCGGAUCUGUACGCAUCCUUCAAGUCCUUCUUCAAGACAGUGCGAGAAAGAGGGGGCUCACAAUCGGAUGGGGCUUCCUCGUUGAUGUCGACCAAUGACAUAACCCCACUGCACACUCCAACCUUACUACCGAUGUCCCCUCACCCUCCGCCUGCACUGGCUGCACCUCCUCCUGAGAUGGAACGCCCCUCUCAUCAUUUGGUGCCGGCUGACUGGUUCAGUAACACCGACUCUCUUAAGGAGAGCUUCCGCAUUGCCAGCAAUCUAGACUGGGCUAACAUAGACCUCUCCAGUCACCCAGACCUACUGGAGAGCAUGCGCCAGGCAGAGCUCUGUGACUGGGCACUGGACCCGGCUCUCUUCACCUCCCUCUGUGAUUCACUUAACCGCUUCUUCACCCAGAAGGGCAUGAUCGGCUCCUGCUCCGGAAAUAACUCCCCACUGGCCCUCGGUCCCCACCCUUCUUUCCAUGUCCCACCCUUCAGUCCAUCUCUUACCCUGGCCAGCCUCACGCACCCCUCACCCCUCCCAUAUCCCACAGCAGUUGCCUCUUCCAAUGGACAGCCCCCCAGGAGGUUCCUGCCCCCCCAGGGACAGAGGGCCCCUUUAACACAGACUGCUACUACCAGCGUUGGGAUCCAGCCUCCACCGAUGGCACCCAGCCCACGUCCUCCAUUAAAGCACCUCCGAGGCAACAGCGAGGAGAUCCAAGAUGACUUUGACUGGGAUUCCCUGAUCGUCUGACCACACAGCCAGCCGUCCAUCAUCCGCACCGCUUAUCCUGCUCUCAGGGUCACGGGGAUGCUGGAGCCUAUCCCAGCAGUCACUGGGCGGCAGGCGGGGAGACACCCUGGACAGGCCGCCAGGCCAUCACACACACACACACACACACACACACACACACACACACACACACACACACACACACACACACACACACACACACACACACACACACAGGGACAAGUUAGUACAGUGAUUCACCUGACCUACAUGUCUUUGGACUGUGGGAGGAAACCGGAGCCCCCGGAGGAAACCCACGCAGACACGGGGAGAACAUGCAAACUCCACACAGAGGACGACCUGGGACGACCCCCACGGUUGGACUACCCCACCGGUGAUCAGACGGUGCAUAAAAACACACUCAUGACAGACGCAUGACUCCACCCUCACAUCUCUAACAGCCAUGCCAGAAAAGCUUUGCAGCAGCUGCCUCGGGGUCACGCACUGAGGCCCACCUGAGAGGAAGUUGUAGUUUCAAGCACAUCCUGUUUGGCUGAAUGCUGUAUUGCAAGGGUAGAAUUGGGACGUUUUGUCUCUCGGUCCACAUUUAUCCACCGCUGUACGGUUUGUGGACAUGUCCUUUCUUAAGACGGCGGAGGGGACUCUCUAUCAGGACCUUUAAGUUCACGUUAGCAGAGAACAAAGUGCAGGUGUAUUCUGGACACGCUCCCCUGCACCUCCGAGGUUCUGGGACUCCGUUUCUGCUGUACACGACAGGACAUUUGACCGAGGAGAGUGACCCCAUCGGAGGGACGAUACCUCACUGGGAUCUGGAAAACCUCAAAACCUACAGGGCGGGACAUGAAACAAGCCAACACAACAUCCUUUUGUGUGUUUUUUUUUUAUUUCAUAAAUUUCCUUUUUUCCAUUUUACUUUUCAAAUGUGAAUGUUCACAGUUAACACCACACAAAAUUUAAUCUUACCCGAUAAAAGAGAUAUUUUCUUCUUGUUGAUAUAAAAUAAAUUCAUCAAACUAAAUUAAAAGAACA